AUGUCUAAUAUCACACUAUACACCUGGCCCACGCCCAACGGCGUCAAAGCCUCCAUUACCCUCGAGGAGCUUGGCAUCCCAUACAAGACCGAGGGAAUCAACAUCAGCACCAACGCCCAAAAAGAGGACUGGUUCCUGAAAAUUAACCCUAACGGCCGCAUCCCCGCAAUCCUCGAUGGCUCCCAGCGCGUCUUCGAGAGCGGUGCAAUUAUGAUCUACCUCGCCGAUAAAUACGACACCGACCGCAAAAUCAGCUACGCCCCUGGCACCCCCGAGCACAUCGAGCAGCUAUCCUGGCUGAUGUUCCAGAUGGGCGGUCUUGGUCCCAUGCAGGGCCAAGCAAAUCACUUCCGUCUCUUCGCCGGCGCCCGCUCAGACUACGGUAUCAAGCGGUACAUCGACGAGACUAAACGCCUAUACUCGGUUCUCGAGUCUCGUCUGCAGGAGAGCCCUUAUCUGGCUGGAUCUAAGUAUACUAUUGCUGAUAUCGCGAAUUUCUCAUGGGUCCGUAGUGCACCUGAUGCGCUGGAGAUUGAUCUGUCUGAGUUCCCGGCGCUAAAGAAAUGGGUCGAUGAGAUUGGGAAGCGCGCUGCGGUGCAGAAGGGUCUGGAUGUCCCCUCGACUGGUUGGACUCACGAGCAGCGGACUGAGUUCUUCCGAAAUGCGCGAGCUAAGAUUGAUGCUAUGUCUAAUAGCGAUAAGUACUAG